CCGAUUCGCCAGUAGGCCAGAGCCGGAGAGAGCUGGGGAGGAACUGUCGGCUACUGUGUCAACCCGUCUAAACCGUCUCCCAUUGAGGAAUACUGGAUGCUUCAACUGAGUGUUUUAUUGAGUGGUCGGUUUUGCUUUUACUUGACACCGAGGACGAUCGGAUUUAUUUCAACAGCACAGACUACAUCACACCCCCUGAGGCAUCAACUCCAUUUACAUCCCAGUGCCAUGCGCUUUAUGGCAUUGCAAUGUGCAAGGUAACUUAAACGCCAAUCUUUUGCCCCUUGGCCCAUCCCAUGUCUGAGGACAGUGAGCCAAAGCACUACCUGUACUCGACCCUGGACGGGCUUGAACGGAACCAGGAAAGGGUCGGCUUUCAGGUGGAGGAAGAGGAGGGCUCUCCCUGCGGCUCCAUCAGCCAACUUCACCGCAUGGCCAGCAGUUACAACAAGGGUUGUGGCGAGCGGGAUGGGGUUGAAGAGUUAGGAUUGGCUUCAGAGGGCAGCGACAGCAGCCAUGACCACCCGGCCUCGCUGGGCUCCCCACAUGAUGACAGGAAGCGGCCACGCCCACCUUUACAUGAGGAUGUAGAGAUGGGUGGCAGCGGCUCAAGUGGAAGUGGGACAGAAUCCCACGGUAAUGAGUCGCACGGCAAUGAGUCCCAUGGAAAUGAAUCUGUUGGCAGCUCUAAUGGCAAUGGCAAGGACUCCGCUCUCUUGGAGUCUUCAGGGAGCAACAAGAGCUCAAACUCUCACAGCCCCUCGCCACCAAGCAGCUCCAAUGCUUUCAGUCUGGUGAGCUCUGAGCAGGACAACCCAUCAACCAGCGGCUGCAGCAGUGAACAGUCAGCCAAAGCUAAGACCCAGAAGGAGCUCUUCAAGACCCUGAAGGAGCUGAAGAUGCACUUGCCGUCGGAAAAACGGAGCAAGGGCAAGUCCAGCACCGUCAACACGCUCAAAUAUGCGCUACGAUGUGUCAAGCAGGUGAAAGCCAACGAAGAAUACUAUCAGAUGCUGAUGAUUAAUGACAGCCAGCCACCAGGGUUUGAUGUAUCAUCCUACACCAUCGAGGAAAUCAACAGCAUCACAUCUGAAUACACCCUUAAAAACACUGAUAUAUUUGCUGUAGCCGUCUCACUCAUCACAGGGAAGAUUGUCUACAUCUCAGACCAGGCGUCGUCCAUCUUGAACUGCAAGCAAGAAGUGUUCAACAAUGCAAAGUUUGUGGAGUUCCUGACGCCUCAGGAUGUCAGCGUGUUCUACAGCUUCACCACGCCCUACCGGCUGCCCUCAUGGAGCAUGUGCACCGGAGCAGAGUCGUCUCCCACGGAGUGCAUGCAGGAGAAAUCCUUCUUUUGCCGCAUCAGUGGCGGGAAGGAGCGAGAGGGGGAUCUUCAGUACUAUCCUUUCCGUAUGACUCCUUACCUGAUGAAAGUCCAGGAUGCUGAGCUGGCUGAGGAACAGUUCUGCUGCCUCCUGUUGGCUGAAAGGGUGCACUCUGGAUAUGAAGCACCCAGAAUCCCUCCUGACAAGCGUAUCUUCACCACCACACACACACCUAAUUGUGUGUUCCAGGAUGUGGAUGAGAGGGCUGUUCCUCUGUUGGGUUACCUCCCUCAGGAUCUGAUUGGGACCCCUGUACUUCUCAAUCUGCACCCAAGUGACCGACCCUUAAUGCUGGCUGUGCAUCGCAAGAUUCUACAGUAUGCUGGUCAGCCGUUCGACCACUCCUCGAUCCGUUUCUGUGCAAGAAAUGGCGAGUACAUCACCAUUGACACCAGCUGGUCCAGCUUUGUCAACCCCUGGAGUCGCAAAGUCUCCUUUGUCAUUGGCAGGCACAAAGUCCGAAUGGGUCCUGUGAACGAAGACGUUUUUGCUGCACCAGCUUUUCACGGUGGGAAGAUCGUGGACUCAGACAUCCAGGAAAUUAGUGAACAGAUCCACAGGCUGCUACUACAGCCGGUCCACAACAUGGGUUCUAGUGGCUAUGGUAGCCAUGGCAGCAACGGUUCUCAUGAGCAACUUGUGAGCAUCAGCUCAUCCAGUGAAAGCAAUGGGAAUUUGACAGGGGGGAUCACAGCAGAGGAGACAGGGAAGGCCAAGCCUCCCAGGACGUUCCAGGAGAUUUGUAAGGGGGUCCACAUGCAGAAGAAUCAGGACUCCCAGGUCUGCCUGCGCUCACCUUCAUCCUCACCAUUGCCAUCCAAACCUGAGCAGAAGAAGACCACUGACACAGCAGCUCAGAAGAGUCCAUCGGUUCGUCUGAAGGACUCUGCACCCCCUCUGCAGGUCAAAGACAGUACUGCAGCCACUAUGGAAGAUUUCACCUGCAAAGACCAGACUGUGUGCUCCUACCAGCAGAUCAGCUGCCUCGACAGUGUCAUCAGGUACCUGGAGAGUUGUAACAUCCCUAUCACAGUGAAGAGGAAGUACCAGUUCUCCUCAAACACCACCUCCUCCAAUUCAGAUGAUGGCAAGAAGGGCUCAGAGGACGCCAUGCAUGUCCCUCAGGAUUCAAACACAGAUUCUCUGAUGCUCGAUGCCCAGCCAGGCCUGUCAAACAUGAAAGCACCUAAGAAGCCUCCAUCUGGGGCUGCUGCUGUGGUAGGAGGCCCCCUGGCACCCCUCACUCUGCCCAGCAAGGCUGAGAGCGUGGUGUCCAUCACCUCGCAGUGCAGCUACAGCAGCACUAUUGUCCAUGUUGGAGACAAGAAGCCUCAGCCAGAGUCUGAGAUUAUCGAGGAUGUGGCAGAGAGCCCGGCGCCGCCAGCUCUGCCCGUCAGCAUGGUGUCUCCACCCAGCCAGGAAAAGGAGGCUUAUAAGAGGCUGGGAUUGACCAAACAGGUUUUGGCAGCGCACACCCAGAAAGAGGAGCAGGCCUUCCUCAACCGCUGCAGAGAGCUCCGCAACGCCAGGAACUUUCAGAAGGACUGCUCCAAGUAUCUGCACAAACAGAGAGGCCCAGUCAAUGCUGAAGAAUCAUCUGGACCCCGAGGUGCUGCCAAACAGGGCACCACCAGGCCUGAGACUUCUGCCAAGAAAGGCAACCGCAACAGGAAGUCCAAGAAACCACGAAUGAAGCACCCUGAUUCAUCAGACAGUGCCGUGUCUAACCGCAAACCCCGGCCCCCUCUUCAGGGUCUCAACCAGACCUCGUGGUCUCCGUCAGAAGCCUCGCAGUCAGCAUUUAAUGUCUCCUACCCUGCCAUGGUGCCUGCAUAUCCGCUCUACCCCCCAGCACCUGCUGCCCCAGCUCCAGCCCCCUGCCCUGACCCCUCUCUUUCCACAGGCUUUGGAGAGGGGCAAAGCACACAAGCGCCACCUACAGCCACUCCAUUUCCUGCCCCUAUUGUUACACCUGUGGUGGCUCUGGUGCUGCCAAAUUACCUCUUCCCCCAAAUAGGACAGUUAGGUCAGAUAGGGCAGCUGGGGGCUGCUCCUAGACCAGCGUUUUUCCUUGAGCAGACUCAGACGCAACCUGUAUACACUACCCAACAACCCUUUCAGCCCCCGCAGCCAGCCUACACCAUGCAAACACAACCUCCCUUCACCAACCAGCAGCCGUUCCCUGUACAGACUGCCUUUACCCCACAGCAGCCAUUCCAAGCCACUCAGACAGCCUAUACCACCCAGCAGCCCUUUGCUGCCCAGCCCUCUUUCCCAGUGCAGACUCCGUUUGUUGGUCAAGCCCCAUACCCAGCUCAGCCUUUCCCCUAUAGCCUAGCCUCUGAGCCCCCAAAAGCCCCAGCUGUGGAGCCCCGAGAAGGGGCAGCGUCACGCUCCUCCACCCCAGCAUCUGGGACGCGGGAGCCAGCAACAUCGCCACCACUGUUUGAGUCCCGGUGCAGCUCACCACUGCAGCUCAAUCUGCUGAGCAUGGAGGAGGGGCAGCGCUCAGUGGAGCGUCAGGACAGCACGGCUCUCUCUGCCGGAGGCCAGGGCAGCAGCACAGCAGCAGUGUCAGGAGGAGCAGGGGCAGUAGGAGAGAGGAACGGAGGCUCGGCCAAGAAUGAAAACCACCAACAGGUGGAGUCUCCAGGAGAUGGGGCUCACAGUGAUGGUAACUCCUCAUCCUGCGACCUGCUGGACAUCCUUCUGCAGGAGCAGGAGGACUCCCACUCUGGCACUGGAUCAGCCACCUCUGGCUCCAUGGGUUCAGGAUCAGGCUCUGGUUCAGGUUCAGGAUCAGGCUCCGGUUGCAAUGGCUGUGGUACCUCAGCUAGCGGAGCUUCUGGCAGCAGAACAGGGAGCAGCAACACCAGCAAAUACUUUGGCAGCGUUGACUCCCUGGAGCACGACCCCAAGGCAAAGGCUAAAGCCAAGAUGAGGGGCAAAGGAGGCUCUGAAGGUGGCCAAUCACAGGCCAAAAUCUCAACCCAAGGGGAGGGGGAGCAUUUCAUCAAAUAUGUUCUCCAGGAGCCCCUCUGGCUGCUGAUGGCCAAUGCUGACGACAAGGUCAUGAUGACAUAUCAGAUGCCAUCCAGGGACAUUCAGAAGGUUCUGCGGGAAGACAAGGAGAGGCUGAGGCAGAUGCAGAAGAGCCAACCUCACUUCUCCUCAGACCAGCGACGAGAGCUAGUGGAGGAACACCCCUGGAUGAGGAGAGGAGGUUUACCUGCUGCCAUCAAUGUGAAGGAGUGUGUGUACUGCGAGAACGCAGCAGGGGCACCCAUCGAGGAAGACCUGCCAGAUAUGGACAUGGGUGAGCUGGGUGAGGAGCUGAGCCAAGAGGGCCAGAACACCCAGAGCCAAUCACAGGAUUCACAGCCUCAACCAGACUCUGGCUCCUGAAUACACACACGUCCAGCAGAGGGACACACUUGACUUGACCAGCCAUGGACCCUCAUGAUGCACACAUACAAACACACACACACACGCACAUUGUGGAUGUGAGACAAACAGUGGUGUGCCUGACCAUCCUCAUAAAUGCGCUUAUACAUACACACAACAAGAAGAACCUACGAAGAUGUGCACCAUGCAUGUGUUUGUGUGUGUGUGUGUUGGGCGUAGAUCUGCUACUGGAGUGCAGUUCUUCAGGCGCCUCACAGGAGGGCAGUAUUGCUUCAUGGAGGUUUUUGGAAGCGUCACCCUCCUACAGCAUCUUUGCUAGAUCACACACACACAUACACUCUGAAAUGAUCUGAGCCCAGCCUGUGUGGUUGGUGACCUUUGGCCUCUAAGAUAUUUUUUUAUUUAAUUGUUCCCAUCCUCUUUGUCAGAGGCAGAGCUUUGAAGCAACAUUAGUAGUUAUUCUUCAAAAAAUCUAAUAGUUAACGGACAUCUUUUGAAUAUAAAUAUUAUAAAUUAUAAAUACAUUUGAUUUAAAAAUGUAACAAGAAAGCCAGCAUUGCUGUUUAAAUGCUGCGGGACAUUAUGUUUGUGGUUUCCUGUUUUGCCACAUGGUUCCAUUCAAGCCCUCCAAACCCCAGGAACCCCUCUGUUUUCUCAGCAGGAACUUUGUAGACUAGUUGUGGUGCUCACUGUAUGUUGCAGGCAGGGUUAAAGAGCAGGGACUCCCACUUGUUUUGUAUCAUGGAUGAGCUGUUUUCUCACUACUCUCCUCAGUAUCUGCAGCAUCCAAGCGCACAGCAGUAGUAGCACCUGACUCAACAACUGGUCGUAACUCCUCUUAACAAUGACAAUCUGACACAUAGUGCAAGCUGUUCAUUUAACUAUGUAUCUUAUUUAUUUUCUAACAGAUUAUGUAUCUAGAAUAGGUUUUUUAAGCUAAAGCCAAAUCCAUAUAGCUAAAAGACAGUAGCCAUAUUCACAGUUUACAGGUGUUGACAAUAAACACUACAAGAUAUUUGAAGUCACUUUAGUCUAUAACUGAAGCUGAAGUUGGUUCGUCCAUUUCACACAAUAACCUCCAAGUGUUGUGUUCCACUGCAGACCUUAUAACAGCACGGGUGCUAUGACAAAGUGGGCAUCAUCACAGAUAAAGAAGCUGCUGAAAUAUUUUUGCUGUAUUGAAACAAUCAGUAUCAGAACACUGAUGCACAAAAAGCAGAGGUUGACAGGAUAGUAGUUACAGAAACUUAAGGCUGCACAUCAAGAAAAAAGCUGGAGAAACAUUUAUUUUAUUUUAACUAACAAGGUCCUCUGGAUUUUAACUUCCUUUUCACCUCCAACUUCUAUCUUCAAGAGAUACACUCUGUUUACUUUUUAUAAAUAGCAAUAUAUCCAUAUAGACUGCGGAAGCCUGUAAAAAUGUUGGGUAAUAUUCUUUUUCUGUCACUACUGUGCAGCUCUACUACAAAAUGUCAUUUUUUAACAAAUCUGUACAAUUUUUGGGAUUUAUUGAUUAUGCAAAACUACAUUGUCUCCACUUGCACCCUUUUCAGAGAUGUUUCAGUCAUCUCAUUUUCUCACACAUAUAUUUUUCUGGAGUCAAAAAUAGAAACUGAAGAUUCUUGUACUGCUUUUCCAGUUCCCAGCGCCACCAGAAAGUCUCUGCAGGUGUGCUGACAGCAGUGCAGUUUCUUGAGCACUGCGAAAACUGUUGGUCAGAGUGAUGAAUGAUACUGAGGUCGUAUUUGCAGUACAGUGGGAACACAGCUUUACAAUUGUAGCAAAUAAGGGGACCAUUUUGCAUCAGUAUCCUUCUAUAGGAACCAUGGUCACACAGGAAAUUGUGACACACUGUAUGCAUCAGCCACCAUACAAGCCUCAUCACCUAAUAUGAAGUAUUAAAUAAACUGUGAUCCACAUUGGCUCCAGGUAGUUGAUGUAAAACGUAUGAGAACUGGGAACAACUCUGGUGCUAAAGCAGAGAAACUGUUUGGGGCAGGGCUUGAGAAUGUAACACAGACUGGACCAAGAGCAUCUCACUGGGUUAGUUUGUUUUCUUUCUUUCUCUUUAAAUUUCCUGUUCACUUGUCAGAACUUUUUUUUUAAUUGUUCUAUUUUUAUAUUUCCUCUUGUGUAUUUUAUUUUAUUUGUCAAACAAAGAUAAGAGCUUUUGAGUGUCACUGAGGACGGACCCUACCUCUAAUAAAUCCCAGGUUACGUUACUGUAAGCAGAACAUAGCAUGUGUAUGCAUGUGGGCAAAGCACAGUGGACAGAGAGGUCAGACAUUUAACUGCUGAGUCAUGGGCACGUAGAGAAUCUUUGCCUUGAGGUGGCAGAGGUUUGUGGGCUCUAGUUUCUAUGGAUGAAUGCCAAGAGAAGACAGGCGCCUGCCAACACCUUUAGCAACUGCAGUCCGUCUCUGUCUUUUUUUCUCCUUUCUGUGCAAAAUAUGUCGACAGGAGGCCUCCAACACUCACCUGUGUAUAAACCAGUAAGAAUGCAAGAAUGUUAUUUACUCAUGUCAAAACUGAAGUGUGGAAAUAAGCUGUGGUGAGGUGUGGUUUACGCCUCACUUUUCUCCUAAGGCCUCACAAAGAGGGAAUGCAUUUUAAAUGAAUUACACACUGGUGUGCUUUUGGAAGCACCCUGCCCUGUAAAUGCAUACACACAGUUCUGGCACAUGAUGUUGUGUAUGGUCAUGUAAAUUUGUUUCAUGGCCACUGUGUGAGUCUGUGGUAUAUUAAACUAGCACAUUUCUGUGCAUUUUUGUAGUUAAGAUGUGUUGUUUGAGACAUGGAAACAAUGUUGUAAUAAAACUGCAGAAAUAUAA